CUCUGGGAAGCGGCCGCGCUGCGCGGGCGACUCGUUGGUCCCAGGGAAGAUGGCGGCACCGGAGCCGGGGAGGUAGGACGAGUGCGGGCUGCGGCCGCAGCGCCCUGACUGGCCCGGUGACUGUUCUCCGUGUGUGACCUGUGGCCGGUGGGCACAAUGGAUCUGGCUUAUGUCUGCGAGUGGGAGAAGUGGCCCAAGAGCACCCACUGUCCGUCAGUGCCCCUGGCCUGCGCCUGGUCCUGCCGCAACCUCAUCGCUUUCACCACGGACCUUCGGAAUGACGACCAGGACCUGACCCGCCUGAUCCACAUUCUGGACACGGAGCACCCCUGGGACGUGCACUCCAUCAGCUCCGAGCACAGCGAGGCCAUCACCUGCCUCGAGUGGGACCAGUCAGGCUCCCGGCUCCUGUCAGCUGAUGCCAAUGGACAAAUCAAGUGUUGGAGCAUGGCGGACCACCUGGCCAACAGCUGGGAGAGCCCUAUGGGAAGCCUGGUGGAGGGGGACCCCAUCGUGGCCCUGUCUUGGCUGCACAAUGGUGUGAAGUUGGCACUGCACGUAGAAAAGUCAGGUGCCUCCAGCUUCGGGGAGAAGUUCUCCCGAGUCAAGUUCUCACCGUCGCUCACUCUGUUUGGGGGCAAGCCCAUGGAGGGCUGGAUCGCAGUGACAGUCAGCGGCCUGGUCACUGUGUCCCUCCUGAAGCCCAGUGGGCAGGUGCUGACAUCGACGGAGAGCCUGUGCCGGCUGCGUGGCCGUGUUGCCCUGGCCGACAUUGCCUUCACGGGUGGCGGCAACAUUGUGGUGGCCACGGCGGAUGGCAGCAGCGCCUCCCCCGUGCAGUUCUACAAGGUGUGCGUGAGUGUGGUUAGCGAGAAGUGUCGCAUCGACACCGAGAUCCUGCCCUCGCUCUUCAUGCGCUGUACCACCGACCUCAACCGCAAGGACAAGUUCCCCGCCAUCACCCACCUCAAAUUCCUGGCCCGAGACAUGUCUGAGCAGGUGCUCUUGUGCGCUUCCAGCCAGACAAGCAGCAUUGUGGAGUGCUGGUCCCUGCGGAAGGAGGGGCUCCCCGUGAACAACAUCUUCCAGCAGAUCUCUCCUGUGGUUGGCGACAAGCAGCCCAUGAUUCUCAAAUGGCGGAUCCUGUCAGCCACCAACGACUUGGAUCGAGUGUCUGCCGUGGCACUGCCCAAGCUGCCCAUCUCGCUCACCAACACUGACCUGAAGGUGGCCAGCGACACGCAGUUCUACCCUGGCCUUGGGCUGGCCCUGGCCUUCCAUGACGGUAGCGUCCACAUCGUGCACCGGCUGUCACUGCAGACCAUGGCCAUCUUCUACAGCUCCACCGCUCCGCGCUCCAUGGAUGAGCCAGCUAUCAAGCGCCCUCGGACCACGGGCCCCACCGUCCACUUCAAGGCCAUGCAGCUGUCCUGGACCUCCCUGGCCCUCGUGGGCAUUGACAACCAUGGGAAGCUGAGCAUGCUGCGCAUCUCGCCCUCCAUGGGCCACACGCUGGAUGUGAACCUGGCCCUGCGGCACUUGCUCUUCCUGCUGGAGUACUGCAUGGUGACCGGCUAUGACUGGUGGGACAUCCUGCUGCACGUGCAGCCCACCAUGGUGCAGAGCCUGGUGGAGCGGCUGCACGAGGAGUACACGCGCCAGAAAGCUGCCCUUCAGCAGGUCCUCUCCACCCGGAUCCUGGCCAUGAAGGCUUCGCUCUGCAAGCUCUCGCCCUGCACCGUGACCCUCGUGUGUGACUACCACGCCAAGCUCUUUCUCAUCGCCAUCAGCUCCACUCUCAAGUCCCUGCUGCGCCCACACAUCCUCAACACCCCCGACAAAAGUCCCGGCGACCGGCUGACGGAGAUCUGCGCCAAGAUCACAGACGUUGAUAUCGACAAGGUCAUGAUCAACCUCAAAACAGAGGAGUUUGUCCUGGACAUGAACACGCUUCAGGCCCUGCAGCAGCUCCUGCAGUGGGUGGGCGACUUCGUGCUCUACCUGCUGGCCAGCCUGCCCAACCAGGGCGCCCCGCUGCGGCCUGGACAUAGCUUCCUGCGGGACGGCACCUCGCUCGGCAUGCUGCGGGAGCUGAUGGUCGUCAUCCGCAUCUGGGGCCUGCUGAAGCCCAGCUGCCUGCCCGUGUACACAGCCACCUCUGACACUCAGGACAGCAUGUCCCUGCUCUUCCGCCUGCUCACCAAGCUCUGGAUUUGCUGCCGUGACGAGGGCCCCACCAGUGAGCCAGACGAGGCACUCGUUGAUGAGUGCUGCCUGCUGCCCAGCCAGCUGCUCAUUCCCAGCUUGGACUGGCUGCCCGUCAGUGACGGCCUGGUCAGCCGCCUGCAGCCCAAGCAGCCCCUGCGUCUGCACUUCGGCAAGGCUCCCAUUCUCCCCGGCAGCGCCACCACCUUGCAGCUGGAUGGCCUUAUCAGGGCAACGGGCCAGCCCAAGAUUGACCACCUGCGGAGGCUGCACCUGGGAGCCCACCCCACGGAGGAGUGCAAGGCCUGUACGAGGUGUGGCUGUGUUACCAUGCUCAAGUCUCCCAACAAGACAACAGCCGUCAAACAAUGGGAACAGCGCUGGAUCAAGAACUGCCUGUGUGGGGGGCUCUGGCGGCGGAUGCCCCUCAGCUGCCCUUGACUGGGGCCCCCAAGCCCUGUAAAUAGAUUCCUGAUGGAUUUUAUAGGAAGGUGAUUCUGUCCCUUCGCCAGUGACAGCAUUCCACACACUCAGGCCCUUUACUAGUACAUUAAAAGGUGGUCAUCCUUGACCUGGCCAGGCAGCUCAGUUGGUUAGAGCGUGGUCCCCACACACCAAGGUUGGGGGUUGAAUCCCUAGUCAGGGCACAUACAAGAAAUAGCCAAGGAACGCGUACACCAGUGGAAUAACAAUCGAUGUUUCUCUCCCUCUAAAAAUAAAUAAUUUUUUUUAAAAAUAGUCAUUCUUCAAGUGUGGCUUUUGGAGCCUCAUCAGCCAAGGCCUGAUGAGGGGGGCGGGCAGGUGAAGACAUGGCCUGCAGCCUCAGGUCGGUGCCCAGGGGCUCCACUUUUCCUCUCGGAGCCUAACGGUGCAUCCCAGGAAGUGGGGCCAGUUUCACAGCUGGCCUCUAUCCAUGCUGUGUGCUACCUGAGACAGACCUAGGUCUGCUCACACGUCUGUGGCUCAGGUGCCGACUUCCCCGAACCUCCAGACCCCCGGGCUUCCUAACUCCCAGAUGCCCCUCGUCAUAGUUCAGAGGGUCCAGGACAUUCUGAAUGUUGGUCCUUUAAAUGUCCUAUGUGAGCCCUGGCUGUUGUGGCUCAGUUGGUUGAGUGUCAUCCCAUGGACCAAAAGGUAGCAGGUUUGAUUCCCAGGUUGCAGGCUCAAUCCCUGAUAUGCGGGAGGCAGCUGAUUCAUGUUUUUCUCUAAAGUCAAUAAAAACAUAUU